GUAAAGAGUGUAUAGUACAAGAGAAAGCACACAACCUUGUGGAGCACCCGUUCAUAGUACUCGAGUUGACGAUUUGGUGUUGUUGACUUUAACAUACUGGGACCGUUGGGUUAAAAAGUUUAGAACCCAUGCUUUUAUCUAACACGGGAGGCAAACCUUGGCUUCAACUUCAAGCUCUAGCUGUGUAUUUUUGGUGUGUUGCUUGAAAAACAAAAUGCAUCGUCUUCUACUGCUGUGUUGUAUAUCUACAGUACUAACUAUUUCUGACACAGCGAAUGUAGCCAAGAGAGAUGAGCAGUGCACUGGGUUGUUACAGUGUGCUUCUUACCUGUCGGACUUGGAAACACCCAUUUUUGUUUCCAUACCAGAUGAAGAACUAUACGAACAGCUAUGUCGGAAAAACAAUGACCUACAAACGUGUUUUGACGACAACAAAGAUGACUGCGAAGAUAACACUUUCUUAACCAUGGUCAUGAGAGAAGCUCAGGCGUUAAAUUUCAUUUGUUCGGCAGAGGGCAAAGAAGGGCUAGAUUCCAUCUCAGACUCUCCAUGUGUCAACGAUCAAACCGCUCUCUUAUCAGCCCAAGAAGGAAUGGGCGAGUGCGGGCAAAAUGUCGAGCUUGAGUUGCAGUUGGCCACUUCUACCGCCAUUUCUAAUGACGAAGGGAUGGAGUCAGUCAAUGUCUGUUCCUACUUAAAUCAACUAAAAACUUGCAUUCUGGAAUCACUAAAAAAUCACUGUGGCCAAAACUUUGGCAACUUUGCUAAAAGACUUGUGGACAUUUACUGCCAGCCUUUUGCUGAUCAGAUAGGCUGUGGUCAACAAGCUCGUCAGAUCCGUACUCUGAAAUCUAGACUCGUUCCCUUGAUCAUCUCUGGUGUCAGAAGAAGACGUUAAAUGUCGACCAGCUUCACGGUUCAAAUCUUUUGAUGUCCUAGAUUUAAAAAAAUAUGAAUUAGUGAAAAUAUUCCUAUUUAACUAAGUCCAAUAUAUUUCAAAAAUACUCUUUUCAAAUAUUUUUAUCAAGGAAUAAAAUUUCGAUAGCUAAUAAUUA